AUGGCGGUCAAGGAUACUACUCUGGUCGACGUUCCGAAAUCUGCCUUGAACCUCAACUCAUUCAGCAAUGCUCUUGCUGCAAGCAAUUCCGCCAUUGCCAAGAGACAAACACCAGCAAGCAGUGAUCCAUGCGGCUCGUCGAACCCGUGUCCAAGCUCUACGACAAGCCUCCCUCCAUGCGGUUCAUCCAAUCCUUGUCCAACCGGCGCGACCACAGAGACCAAGACCCAGACCCACCUGGCAACAAUGACGAUCCAAACGACAGAAAUGCAGACCGCAUACAUCACCAACCACAAAACAAUCACCCAGCACACACUACAAAUGGUCACCAAAACCGUCAAAGAAGCAGGAACAACAACAGUGACUUCCACAGUGCCAGGCUGCAGCACAGUAACAACAACCACAACAAGCAUGUCUUUAACCACAACGAUAAACUGGGUUUCUGCUCCUGCAUCUUCAUCUUCAGGGUGUGGUGGAAAUAGCUGUACUGUUACGACUACCAAGGCCACUGAUGUGGAUAUGCCAACUACUGCUGCUGGAAAGGCGCAAAUUUCUGGUCAUGAUGUUGUGGAAGUUGUCUCAGAGGAGGAGCUGUUGAAGGAGACGGCAGACAAAGAGCGUCAAGACAAUGCUGCAGUGGUAGAGUUUGGUAGGCUUAUCGCUCAUCAGAGUAUACGAUCCGAUGGCGAGGACACUCCAGUCGUGACGAAGAAAGCAAUUGAGACUACCCUCAAGGUUGUGCCUGUUGACACAAGAAGCAUCAUGCAGGCUCCUUCGUCUCCGAGAUAG